GGGGGGAAUUAUUACAGAAUAAAAACGGAAAACGUGGCCCCAUUUUGUUUUUUAACGUUGAAGUAUACGGAAGGAGGGAGAAAUCGAGCAUUAUGAUUGUAAGGAAACGGACGUCGGAAUGUUCUACGAUAUACAUAAAUUGGUCUGAAGGGGCGAGAGAGGUCGGGAGAAGAGUCGCCGCGAGCUACGGGGAUAUGUCGGGAUCGGGUCCUCGGAAAGUGUGAGGAACAGCUACAGGCUGCUGCUGCCGGUGGCUGGUGAGAGUGCAAAUCGCCUCGUGGAGCCUCCAGUACGCCACGAGCCAUCCUUAGGAACGGACAUUAACACGAAGUCACGAGAAUCGAGCGAAUAUAUUAAUGGAUAUAGAUAUAAAGGGACUGAUAUGACGGAGGAUUAAGCAACUUUUCUCCUAACCGCAAAACAAUCCACCCUUCGUAAAGACUUGGAAAGAUGUUUUAAUCGCGUGCCUCGAGUCAAAUCCGCUUAUAUUGAUAAACUUUUAUAUCCGUUCAUCUACGCGUACAGCCAACCGAAUAAACAGAUUUUUUUAAAUGUGAUUCGCUCAACUACAAUUAUUUGCUGAUACGAUAAACGGACGAAUUAAAAAUGGAGCUGUGGCUGCAUCGCGGUGCACCGAAUUUGGCGGGAAGUGAUUCGACCGAACUCGUCAAAAGUUAUACACUCCCGAGAUGCUCGCUCGAAUCCUUCGAUCACGUUGGAACAACGAGAUUUUAGUGGUUUUUUUUCUUCUUUUUGCUAAAUUGGAGUUCAUGGUUGUUCGAUAUUGACGCUUAUUCAGAGCGCGCAUCCAUGUGCUCUCGGCAUGGCACUCAUGCAGUCCUGUUGCUGCUGGAGGUCCGUGCGCAGGGGCAGCUUCGCUUGUGCUCUUUACACCGGUGUUUAUUUCGUGCUGUUGGCCAUUACGACAGGAACAGUGCUGAAGGAUGAGCACGAGUACAUGCUGGGCAAUCGUUCGCUUCCAGAAUCGAUGAGUUUUCUAGAGCCAGAAAAUAUGUCACGCGUGACAGUGGGAUUUUACGUCGGUCUAUUUGUAUGCUCGUGUUCCGGAGUAAUCUCAAGCCUGCUAUUGCUCAUCGGAUUAUUCAAGGAUCGCCGUCGCUAUUUAUUGCCGUGGCUCGUUAACGUCGCGGCGUGCAGUUUGAUCGACGUUCUUCACACCUUUUACCUCUUCGGUUCGCAAGGCUUCGUACCAAUCACCGCGCUUAUGUACACGCUGAACUUUUUUCUACUCUGCUUAAACAUUUAUUCUUUGCUGUGCGUCGUGUCGCAGUACCAGGAAUACGUUGCGGGCCGAGGCCGUGCGAUAGACGACUGCGAGAAUCAGGUACCUGUAAUACGAUAUGCAACACAGCCGACGACCACCACAGCAACCUCGUGCCUGAGUUCGAGGCGGGCUUUAACGGUGAGCGGAGAAACAAAAGGCGUAAGCGCAACCGGAACAACAUCCGCAAGCAGCCCGUCUCAAAGUCCAACGGUUCAGCAAAACAAUCGAACGAUCAUGUCGCUUCUUGAUAAGAGUUUGGCGCCGAGCGGUUCAAAAAGUGCGAGAAUAAAACACGUGCAAUUCCCGGAUCAGAAGCGCGAUAGUAUCUCGAAUCAAGGCACGGUAUCGACAGACGAAGUCAGCGCCACCAACCCACCAACAUUUUCGGUACACAAAGAAAUCGGAAGAACGGGUUCUCCUUCUCCACUCCUGCCAACUCCCAAUGUGUAGAGGGCGCCGUCGUCAAUAAUCAUCUCAAUCGGAACACAGAAAGAACCGAUCAAGCGGAAUCUCGAUACUAUAUAAAGGACCUUAUAAGUUUUGUGGAAAGAUCCGCCAGCCCCAUUUCCGCUCGAAUGAAAAAAGACUUCGGUUAUCUGUCUCACUGACACAUAUGGAUGAAAUAAUACGCUAUUCCCAACCCUCGCAAUCCCCGCCGUCGUCCCUCCAUCGCCCACCCUCGUCGCUUCCUUGCGAAUAACCCUUCAUCGAUCGGUAUAUAACCGAAAAACCAUCGAUGUCCCUUGUACAGUCGCAUACUCAAAAUGUAUAAUAAUAAUAAUAUAUACGGAAAUCACAAUCACUACCGGUUUUCCUUUUUCGAAUUGUCAUUUUCACAAAGUUUCAAUAAAAUGUAUAUCGUUAUAAAAUA